ACAUUUUGGCUGGCAAUUCUCAAACCCUCGCCGCCGCCGCUCGCCCAAACCCUCGUCUCCCGGUUGGAUCCCGCCGCCGGCCCACUACCCCCAGUCUCGCCGCUGUUCCCCACGCCCAGACCGCCUCGACGAUUUCCCCUCUCCCAUCGCCGCUGCACUUGAUCCCCACCCCACCCCAGAACUCCAGCAAUGGCAGCAUCGCAGCGGCCGACAAAAAGGUUAGAAUCGAGAUGCACCGCAGCGACGGAGAGAGCCACGCUCGCAUUCGAGAUCGUUGGGUACAGUCUGCAUAAGGGCAUGGGCGUCGGCAAAUUCAUCCAGUCCACACCAGUCUCUGUUGGCGGGUACGAAUGGUGCAUCCGCUACUACCCCGACGGAGAAAAAAACGCGGAGAAAAAGGACUGCGUCUCAGUCUUCCUGCAGCUCCUGAGCAAGGGCACCAAGGUAAGAGCCCUCUACGACUUUAGGUUGGUCAACCUGGCCAGCGGGCUGUCGUCGUCUGUGGUUUCCUGCUUGGAAUCACCGAAGGUAUUCAAUCCUCUGGAUACAACAUUUGCUUGGGGUAGUUGCAAUUUCAAGAAGUGGAGUGAGCUGGAGCAGUCAGCUUACCUGCAGCAUGAUCGUCUUGUAAUUGAGUGUGAUCUCACCGUAAUCAAGGAACCAAUUGUUGCUGAGACAGCCAUAACUACGAAGCUUCAGACGCCACCCUCAGACUUGUCAGACAAUUUUGGAAAACUUCUAGAGACAGCAGAGGAAGCAGAUGUGACAUUUGACGUUAAAGGAGAGGUUUUCCCUGCGCAUAAGAUUGUUCUUGCAACGAGAUCACCAGUCUUCAAGGCAGAGCUCUAUGGACCGAUGAGAGACAAACAGAGACUGAACAUAACUGUUGAAGAUAUCCAGCCUGCUGUUUUCAAGGCAUUACUUCACUUCAUCUACACGGAUUCAUUGCCUCCCAUGGACAGUCUUCAUGGCGACGAUAACAAAGACAUGGUCAAGCACUUACUUGUGGCUGCAGAUCGGUAUGCGAUGGAGAGGAUGAAGAUCGAAUGUGAAGCCAUUCUUUGCAAAAGUCUUGAUGUCGAGACUGUGGCAACCACGUUAGCUCUAGCUGAUCAGCAUCACUGCAGCGGGCUCAGAGAUGCUUGCGCUGAAUUUAUCGUGUCUUCAAAUAGAAUGGAUGAUGUUUUGGCAAGCCAGGCGUAUGCGCACUUGAAAAGAUCAUGCCCUGCUGUCGUAGUAGAUGUCUUGGAGAGGGCAACAAAGUCUCGCAAAAUUUAGUGUGCCCAUGCCAGGUUAAAUGUGAAAUAGUUAACUUAAUUGACAUAUAACCAUCACCACCUGAGAUGAAGUAGUCUGAUCCUUCACUUGUCAGUUUCUAGAGAUCUUUUGGAGGAGCAAUCAGCAACUAAGUAUUGCAAAUUUCAGUAUGCUUAUAUCGGAUUGUUUUGCUAGCUUCCCCAUGGUUACAGGAUACUUGCAUGUAGUGAACUACUGAUUGGAUGCCAUCUUAUAUGUGACUAUAAAUCUUCAUUAGUUCACCAAGUUUUUUUUUUGAACUUUUUUGUGAACUUCUACUGUUCUCUAAUUUAUACACGCUCUCUUUGAUUUCUUUCUUUUGAAAGGCGCGAAAUCUUUGAAUUCCUAUCGAUUACUUCUGAGUUUAUAUAUUUACUACCAUAGUGAGACAUUUGCAGGUGAAGAAUAACGAUAUUACAGUUAGAGAAAUUGGUAAGUUCAAAAUAGUUUUCAUACAUGAUUGGUUGGACCCACAAAGAUGCCAUAUGAAGGCGCUUAUUGACAAUGACAAUAUAUGUAGAAUUGGAUUUAAUAGAUGCAAUUUGUCUUUCUGUUCAUGCAUCGCAGUCGUAGGGGUGUUAUGGGCCUUAUGGGAAGGUAAGUGUGAGAUCAGGUUGAACAGACAUUAGAAGAUGCUAAGGGUGUCCAUGCAGCUUGAAAGAAAAAUUAUAAUUGCUUGUCUUAAGGGCCUUAUGGCUAGUUUGUAUAUUACCCAAAAAUUAUAUUU